UUCGAGCGGGCGGCGGCGCGCCUGCCGGGGCUGGUGGGGGUGGCCAGCAAGGAGCAGCUGCUCUACCUGUAUGCGCGAUACAAGCAGGUCAAAUUUGGGACCUGUAACACUCCAAAGCCCAGCUUCUUUGAUUUUGAGGGGAAGCAGAAAUGGGAAGCAUGGAAAGCACUGGGAGAUUCAAGUCCUCACCAGGCUAUGCAGGAGUACAUUGCCACAGUGAGAAAACUGGAUCCCAGCUGGAAUCCUCAGACCACAGAGAAGAAAGGAAAAGGAGGAAAAACCACAUUUGGAGGCCCAGUUGUCAGCUCACUGUAUCAAGAAGAAACCAUCAGGGAGGAGGACAAGAACAUAUUUGAUUACUGCAGAGAAAACAACAUUGACCGUGUAACUAAAGCUAUCCAAUCAAAAAAAGUGGAUGUGAAUUUGAAAGAUGAGGAGGGCAGGGCUCUGCUCCAUUGGGCUUGUGACAGAGGACACAAGGAGCUGGUCUCGGUACUGCUGCAUCAUGCAGCUGAUGUUAACAGCCAGGAUAAUGAAGGCCAGACAGCACUGCAUUAUGCCUCUGCCUGCGAGUUCGUUGACAUUGUGGAGCUGCUGCUGAUGUCUGGGGCAGACCCCACUCUCCAGGACCAAGACGGCUGCCUGCCGGAGGAAGUGACAGACUGUAAAGCGAUCACAUCCAUGCUGCAGCAGCACACAACUGGCAAAACCUAGCCAAAAGGCUGGGUGACUGCGGACAACAUCAGCUUAGUGCUUUGAGAAUGGACGAACUCUGCAAUACCCCCCACCCUGUCCUUCACGAUCCUCUUCCAUAUGCAUUGGUUUUUUUUGAGAAAGGCACAUAAUAGUCAGGUGGUUGGGGUCUGGCAAGUCUGGCUUACGUCUUUGGACUGGCGAUGGUAUUGGAUAUGUAUUCUGCAUAAAAGGAUUCAGGUUUGCAUGCUCUGGAAUUUAUCACUGUUCUUGUGGGGAGGGGACUCUAAACAACAUUUUAUUGUAUUAAACAUGGCUGCUCAUUUGGAAAAUGUAUAUGAUUAGUGACUGUUGAACAGAUCAGCUCUGAAGAUUCAGGUGUGACCAAAUGGGACCCAUGGGGAGAUCAGGUAUGGUAAGGUUUGUUUAGUCCUGUCAGGAAGCCAAGCUGAUUUUCCCUGGGCCUGACCAAAUGCCAUAAAUAAAAGCAAGAGCAGAAUAUGAAAAUGGUCUGACUUUUUUGCGGGGGGAUGACCAGACUCCUGCAAAGCUGGCGGAAUGGAGGCCUUUCACAAACCCUUACCCUGCAAAUAAAGCCUGAGCAUUCUUCUGAUCAGCUCAGGGAAAUAAGCAUUUUCUUUUGCUUGGGUCCCGCUGUAUCACAAAUAUAAAGUAUCGUAGGGCCUGAAAAAUUAUAUGAAAGGAGGACAGAUGUCUGUCUACAUUGAACUCUCACUCUCCAUGCCUAGUGUGAAAUCUUAGGGAAUUAUUUUGCCAUUUGUAUGACUGUUUCUUAUAUGUUCUUAUAGUUAAACAUAGGAAUAUGAAUCUUUUCUUCAGUCUCAGUUGUUUUUGUUUUGUUUUUUGUUUUUCCAGCUCCUUAUCAUGGGGAAGUCUUUAAGGAUAACUCUCUGAGGUCAGAUGCCACUGAUAGUGAUUUGUGACAGCCACCAAGAACCUCUUAGGGACUAAAUGACCCUGGAGGGAGCUGUGAACAUCUAGACUGCUGUUAGGAGUGAUUACCGUUUGGUUAGUUAAUAGUCCAGUGGACAGGAUUGUAGAGGUACAUCAGAUGUGCAUAUAACUGCAGUUUCUUUUUAGCCGGGUUGGAGAGUGCUACUCUGUGUUAACCAUGUCCUCAACCAGUGUUAAGGCUCUUUCAAAAUACAGGGACCUAGCACUGGUCAGGACAGGAUUAAAACCCACACAGUUCAGACUUAUCUGUACAGCAAAGCCAAACCGUGUUUGUUAGUGUCAGAGAUUGCUGUGCUCUUAAUAGUCAUUUGAUGCAGGGGAUUUUAGAAGGAUGGAAUUGUGCAAAUGUAACUGAAGUAUAAAUCCAUUUGACAUUGAGUCUAGCCCUUUCUGUUAAGGCCUGACUACAGAAGAUGUUAUUUUGACUCACUGAACAUAGUAACAAUGGUCGCAUCCACACAUGGUGCAGAUGUUUGGUUCCCCAGGGACAACUAGCAGCGGCUCACCUUGCGCUGCUGCUACUACUUGUCCCCAGGAAAUGCACCAUGCUCUGGUGCGCGGCAAGAUACUCCCGGGGGCAGCCUUUCUUGGGGGGGCACCUGGGACUGCAGCAGCAGUGAUCCUGCGACGUGGAACCUGGCUGGCAGCCACAGUGUGGCUCUGGGUGACCUGGCUCUACUUUUGAGCAGCGCACGCUACCUGUGUGGACUCUGCUCCACCUUUUUUCUCUGGGUUUUUUUGACCCCUGGAAGAACAGAACACACAGUGAAUAUAGUCCCUACUCAUGCUUACGGUGUGACCUGUACAGACACAUGGAUGGAACAUUAUGACUGAAGUUUGUGCCCAGUUGUUUCCAACGGUUUACCUGUUUUCUAACUAAACUGACUUCAUUAUUCAGCUGACAUCGGAUCUGAGGUGGUGACCCAACAUCUACUGAAAGAAAGGGGAAUCUUUCCAUUGUCUUUUGCCAGAUUUGUAGCUGCCCUAAUUUAACACUUUAAAAAAUUUCAUUUAUAAAUAGCAUGUUCUUGUACAUUUUUAAAGUGUGGUUGACCAAAAAAGAUUCCUUUUUGUCUCUGUGUUAGUUAAUACCCAAUUGACCCAUUUAAAAUACUGAAACAGAUGCACUUGUUGAUACAAACAUAUAUUUAUUAGAGAAUUUAUAUACCUAUUUUGGAAGACAAAAUGAAGAAAUUGCUUGUGCAGCUCUGUGCUCUGCCUACUUGUGGAUACAAAUACGAGCUU